AAUUUAUACAUAUUAUAUAUAUAUUAGAUAUUUCCUGUCAUAUUUAUUUACAAAAUAAACAUAAUAUUUCUGCAUUGUUGGAAGAAAAGUGUUCUGGUUCACUGUAACUCCCUUUUGCAUUCUUGAUUGACAUUUUUUAAUAGAACUAUGAACAAAGAAAAAAGUAAGGCAACAUGGGAUACAAGCACUACAGAGGUGUUACUUAAAGAAUGCAUGGAGCAAAUCUACCGGAAAAAUCGUCAAGGAACAUCAUUUUCAAAGACUGGGUGGAACAACAUUCACUCUGCAUUCAAUGCAAAAACAGGAAAAUCUUAUGAGAAGAAGCAAUUGAAAAAUAGGCUCGAUAGCUUGAGGAAGGAUUGGAGGACAUGGGUUGAUUUAAACAAAGAGACUGGUGUAGGUUGGGACCCUGUAAACAAUACAGUGGUGGCAACAAAUGAGUGGUGGGAGAAGAAAAAACUGGAGAAUCCCCAAUAUGAAAAGUUUAGGUACCAGGGGUUAAAGUUUGCUUAUGAAUUAAACACGAUAUUCAAGGGUGUGAUAGCAUCUGGAGAGGAUAUGUUGGCACCGUCUUUAACCCAACCUCAGACACAAGAGGAUGAUGAAGAGAAUGUGUAUAGAGUUAAUACAGAUCUCCUUGAAGGAUCGGGGGAUAGCGAAGAAGAUCUUGGAGGUGCUAGUGUAGGAGUUACGGAUGAGAUGGCAGGCGUAAACUUAACAGCAAAUACUGCACCUAGUGGUUCAGGAAGCCAUGGGAAGAGGAAGAGAGGUGAAGGGUCUAGCAGGCAAACAAAGCAAAAACUUCCGGCCUCAAGACAAAUAGCGGAUUCAGUUAGUGAAAUAGCUACUGCAUCUAAGGAUAGAGCUGCAACUCUUAAGAAAAUAAAAGAGGUAUCAAUUUCUGAGGUUACGGCCGAAGUGCUCUGCCUUGAGGAAAUUACAAGUGACUCUGAUUUCCGGAACCGGUGCUUAAGACUUCUGUUGCACAAGAGUGUUCGGGAAAUGGUUGUUUCACUAAAAGGACAGCCGGAAUACUUGGUUGCAUGGCUACAGGAUAUGGCAUACAAUCCACCAUCAUGGCUGAAACCCCCGCCUGCUUGA